GAACGUAUCAUUCAUGAGAUGAACCUUCUGACCGAAGAGAAAGCUUCAACUGAGCGUGAAUUGGAUGCGAUACAAAAUCCACUGGCUAUAGUUUCAGAGUGUCUAGCAUCACGUGAUUGCCGUUUAGGUUCAGAAAUUACUUACGAUGAUGCCGAUACUGAGCUCAAAAAAGAAUUAUACAUAUUAGAAAAUAAUCAGCAAAUUUUACUUGAUCAAUGCCACAAAACUUGGGAAAAAAUGUGUCGUUUGGAAGAAGUAAAGUUUCAGAUCGGUCUCGAAAUGGACAACAAACUAGAAGCUGAAGACUUGGAUAGAAAGCAAAUUGCUUUAAAUCAAUUCUCAGCAAACAUUUCCUAUAAACCAAAUGCUACACGUAAUCCCAAAAAUUGCUGCUCCUACAAAGCUUGGUUGGAACAUACUAGUAACAUGAAGGAAUUAGCUGAAAAUGAGUUAGCUGAUACGUAUACUAUACGUGAAUCCUUAUUCGUGUGCCGUGAGAAGGCUCGCAAUAUGUUGAUAUCACAAAUGGAUCGUACUGAACACACUAUUCGGAAACGCAUUUUCGAAACUCAACGUGCGCGUAAUGAAUUACAAUGGCAGCAGUUAAGGAACCGCGAAGAUAUGGAGGCUGCUGUUUGUGAAAUCAAAGCUUUGGAACAGGCAUUACGUGACAAAACUGAUGCAUUUAAAUUGGCUCAAACGCGUCUGGAGAAUCGUGCACAACGUUCUGGUAUGGAAUUAUGCUUGGAUCCAGCACACGAUCAACUUGUUAGAGAGGUGCAGAAGUUACAAAAUAUUCGCGAUGAGUUAAUCAAUCAAAUUGAGCAAUCCAAAGCAAAUUACAAUUUACUAGAAGCUCAAUCACGUAAGGUUGAAGUUGAUCUUGCUAAUAAGGAGCAUUCUUUGAUGACUGAUAUACGUGCUUUGGAUAUGCGUCAACGUUUGAAGGGUGGUGAAUUUGGCAUGAAAGCUUCGCCCACACAACAAACUGAACGUAAUAUUGUACUUAGUAAAAUGGAGACUGAAAUACCCAAGAAUUAAAUUUUUUUAUGACUUAAUAACAUUUAAUAAUUUAGGAAAGCACUUACCACACUUUUUUAAUAUAUACUAAUAUCUUCCACCAUAACGUGUUGUGACCCACAAAUUCAUGUAUAAUAAAAUUAUUUGUAUCUUCUAUUUUCAAUUUUGAUAAAAA